CCGGGGCGGCGUCCCUCUGGCUGCGGCCCCCCGGCGCCCGGCCCCCGACGGACUGUUCCGCCUCGGAUGCGGCGGCGGCGGCGGCGGCGGCGGCCAGAGGGAGGGGAGGAAGGGAGCCGGGCCAGCCAGAGAGGGAGCCGGGCGCCCUCCGGCUCUCCCUCCCGUCCCGCGGGGCCCGGCUGACCCACCCACCCGCCGACGGACGGACAGACGGAGGGGGUCGGGGCGGCUGCGGAGGGCUCCCUUCGGGGAGUGCCAGGCGCUCCUGAGGCCGGGGGCCUGGUGGGCCUGGUGGGCCUGGUCCCUCGUCGGCGCCCCCUCCGGGGGGGGAGCCAUGUCCCGGAGGAAACAGCCCGCCCCCAACAAAGUGCGCUGGGAGCAGGUCUUUGCCGGCCUGGAGGGCCACUCGUGGCAGGCAGCCAUGAUGAAGAGGGACUUCCAGGGGCUGCUGGGGGCCCAGGGCCCAUCUGCGCAUGCACAGAGCGAGCCAGCUAUCAGCCGUGUGGCCUGUCUUCCAGGUGACAGUGAGGCUGAUGAGGAGACAACCCAGGAGGAGGUCUCCUCUCCUGCGUCUGAGGAGGACGGAAGGGCUGCAGCCGAAGGGCCAGUGAAAAGGGAGCUAGGACCCACGGAGCAGCUGGGGCACCGCAAGCAGAUAGGAUUCAGUGCCAGCCAGGAUACCCUGAUUGGCCUCUCCCAAUGCCCUCUUUGUCAGCUGGAGUGUGGAAGCCGGGAACAGCUGGUCAGUCACGUCUACCAGCACACAGCCGCCGCUGCUGUCAGCGCCAAGAGCUACCUGUGCCCCGUCUGUGGCCGGGCACUUAGUUCACCAGGCUCACUGGGGCGUCACCUCCUCAUCCACUCUGAGGACCAGCUCUCCAACUGUGCGGUGUGCGGAGCCUGCUUCACCAGCCACGCCACCUUCAACAGUGAGAAGGUGCCCGAAGUGCUGUGUGGAGACGCCCUGCCAGUUCCGCUCCCUGAGGGCUCUUCUGGGACCCAGGAAAAAAACCCUGCCAAUGCCCCUGCUACCCCAGGGGCUCUCGCCCCAACUGUCUACCCAGCAGGUAUCCUCCUGGUGUGCAACAGCUGUGUGGCCUAUCGGAAGCUCUUGGAGGCCCAGGCCCCUGGGGUGCGCAAGUGGGCUGUGCGGCGGCAGAACGAGCCCCUGGAGGCCCGGCUGCAGCGUUUGGAAAGGGAGCGGACGGCCAAGAAGAGCCGGCGGGACAACGAGACGCCUGAAGAGCGGGAGGUCAGGCGCAUGAGGGAUCGCGAGGCCAAGCGCCUGCAGCGCCUUCAGGAAACAGAUGAGCAGCGUGCGCGCCGCCUGCAGCGGGACCGCGAAGCCAUGCGGCUCAAGCGCGCCAACGAGACCCCCGAGAAGCGGCAGGCCCGGCUCAUCCGAGAGCGCGAAGCCAAGAGACUGAAGCGGCGCCUGGAGAAGAUGGACAUGAUGUUGCGUGCUCAGUUUGGCCAGGACUCCUCAGCCAUGGCUGCUCUGGCGGCUGAGAUGAAUUUCUUCCCGCUACCCGUGGGCAGCAUGGAGCUGGAUGGCCAGCUCCUGGGCAAGAUGGCCUUUGAAGAGCCGAAUGCCAGUGCCCUGCACUGAACCCUCCCCAAAACCCACUGCAGGGACCACUGCAGGGGGCUCUUGCUCCUGGAGCUGCACCCAUCCUAGGAGAAUAUGGGACUGGGGGGCAGGAUGGGCUGUGUGUGGGACAGGGGACACUGCAUCCUCUGUGCUGAGGCAGACCCAAAGCCCAGCUGGAAUGGGGAAUGGCAAGAGAGAAAAUAAAUUAAUUGUACUUGU